AUUUGUCAUUGCCUAUUUAACUUCAGCUGUCAUUCACACAAAAAGGUCACAAUCAUCCGCAAAUCUCCAGUUGUACAGAUUCUUCCACUGUCCAAAUCAUCAACAAAACCAAACAUAAAACUCAAAACAAAACACAUUCCUUAAACUUUCUCAUAGGUAACACUUUCACACAACCUUAAUUCAUCAAACAAAGAGAAGAAGGAAAAAAAAAAUGCAUACAAAGACAGAUUCAGAGGUUACAAGUGUAGCAACAUCAUCACCAACAAGAUCUCCACCUCGUAGACCAAUCUACUAUGUUCAAAGUCCAUCAAGAGAUUCUCACGACGGUGAAAAAACCGUCACUACUUCAUUUCAUUCCUCACCUGUUCUUAGUCCUGUUGCUUCACCUCAUCACUCUUCUUCCACUGGUUUCUCUGCUCCACAACGUAAGAAGGAACAUCAACAUCAACACCAACAUAGUCUUAAGACAUGGAAGCAGAUUGAUGUUAUUGAGGAAGAGGGAUUUCUUCAUGGAGAAGAUCGGAAUAGUGGAUUUUCUCGUCGGUGUUACUUUCUUGCUUUUGUUGUUGGGUUCUUUGUUUUGUUUUCUUUGUUCUCUCUUAUUCUUUUGGGUGCUAGUAAACACAUGAAGCCAAAGAUUGUUAUCAAGAGCAUAAAGUUUGAUCAUGUUACAGUCCAAGCUGGUUCGGAUUCGACUGGGGUGGCCACUGAUAUGAUCAGCAUGAACUCUACUUUGAAAUUCACAUACCGCAAUACGGGCACUUUCUUUGGAGUUCAUGUUUCAGCUACACCCUUGGAACUGUCUUAUUCAGAUAUAGUGAUUGCUUCAGGAAAUAUGAAGGAGUUUCAUCAAUCUAGGAAGAGUCAUAGAUUGGUUAGUGUGGCAAUAAUGGGUAGCAAGGUACCUUUGUAUGGAAGUGGUGCUAGCCUUAGCAGCACAACGGGUAUGCCUACAUUGCCAGUGCCAUUGAACCUUAACUUUGUGAUGAGAUCAAGAGCUAAUGUACUUGGGAAAUUGGUGAAACCCAAAUACUACAAGAGGAUUCACUGUUCCAUCACUUUGGAUCCUAAGAAACUUGGUGCUCAAGUUCCCCUCAAGAAUUCUUGCACAUAUGAUUGAAUAUUGAUGAUACAUCAUACAUGUGAAAAGCACAUGGUUAUUUUUUUGAUUAAUGGAUUCUUGAAUAGGUUUUGAAUUAUGCAAAGAUGACAAAGAUCAUGUGGUGCUAAGAAAUGUGAGUUGUGAUGUUAGUGAUCAUUACACGAAGAUGAUUUUUAUUGUAUUUUUGUUUUGUAACCAUAUCGCCGAUAACUUUAUCGGCGAACCUGAACGCUCACAUUUAGUAUCUUGUAUUAAUUAUUUUGUCCCAUUUUGAUUAAAUUAAUUAAUUUAAAAGUGAUAAGUAAUUAUCUGAA